CACAAACAGAGAGGGGAGAGAGAGACGGAGUCGGACAAAGGUUUCCAGACAGACAGCAGUCCUCAUAUAUCCGAGCACGUUGCGCUUCUCUUUUAGACGCAUCAAGUCUGAACUCUGUCCGCAGAAAAAGCAGCUGCGCAACCAAGAUUUGGAGACGCCAAGGAAGCGCAUUAAAAACCUCUGAACAGGGGAUCAAUGAAGAUGCUCCUGCCUCUGAUAAUCCUUCAGCUGCUCCUGGCUCCAGCCUUCACGGGGCCCAGUGUGGAUUACUGGGAUUCAUGGGGUCCUUAUGGUGAAUGCAGUCGGAGCUGUGGAAGUGGUGUGACCAUGAGAACUAGACGCUGCAUCACACACAGGACAGAUGGCGGACACAACUGUGUGGGACCAGCCAAGUCUUACCGCUCCUGCAACAUCCAGGACUGUCCAGAAGGGUCCAGGGAUUUCCGGGAAGAGCAGUGUUCCCAGUUUGAUGGGACUGACUUCCAAGGGAAACGUUAUAAGUGGCUCCCAUAUUAUGGAGCUGAGAACCCAUGCGAGCUGAACUGCAUGCCAAGAGGUGAAAACUUUUACUACCGUCACCGCAGCGCUGUGGUCGAUGGUACUCCCUGCCACCCAGGACGGAGGGAUAUUUGUGUGGAAGGAGUCUGCAAGCGCCUGGGCUGUGACAAUAUGCUGGAGUCUCCUCAGCAAGAGGAUCCCUGCCUGCAGUGUGGGGGAAACGGCCAGUCCUGCUAUCUGGUCAAGAACAGCUUCACAGUACGCGACCUGCCAACUGGCUACAACCAGAUGUUCAUCAUCCCUGUUGGAGCUACAACCGUCAGCAUCAGAGAGACAGUGCCUACACGCAACUAUCUUGCUAUCAAGAAUCUACGAGGGGAGUACUACCUCAAUGGCCACUGGGUAAUUGAGUUUUCCAGGGCGACACCAAUUGGUGGCACCAUGCUGUAUUACCAGCGAGGUGCAGAGGGUGAUGGCACCCCUGAAACCAUCAUUGGCCGCGGUCCCACCACUGAACCUCUUGUUGUGGAGCUGAUCAGUCAAGAGCCUAACCAGGGAGUGGAGUAUGAAUAUUACCUUCCAAACGGACGCUCCAGGGAGGGCUACUACUGGAGCUAUGGAUCAUGGUCUGCUUGCAGCAAAGAAUGUGGAUCAGGCUACCAGUCCCGGUUGGUCUUCUGCACCAUUGAUAACGAAGCCUAUCCUGACUAUCUUUGUGCUUCUCUGCCAAGGCCAUCAUCCAACCGUACAUGCAACCCCCAUCCAUGCCCACAAAUCCGCAGGAUGGCGCACCUGUAUCCGCCACAGUUGUGGAGAUCCUCAGAGAAACCCACAGCUCAUGUGUUCAGCUGGAAAACUGGGGAGUGGAACGCCUGCUCUGUUACCUGUGGUGGAGGCUCUCAGGUGCGCAGCGUGCAGUGCAUCUCUCAUGAUGCCUCUGGUCCCCGUGUGGUGGAAGAUGCCAUUUGUGCUGCCUAUGUUGAGGCUCCUCUUUCUCUACAGACCUGCAACAUGCACAAAUGUGCAGAGUACCGUGUGUCUGGAUGGAGCGGGUGCUCGGUAACCUGUGGUUCUGGUGAACAGACCAGAGAAGUGACAUGUGUUGGAUCAGGUGGUAUGAUGCUGAACGAAUCAUCGUGCAGCACUUUGCUACGUCCGGCCUCCGUCCAGCCGUGCCAGAUGCCUGCGUGCGCCAAACAGAUCCGCUGGCAUGUGGGAGAGUGGGGACUGUGCUCCAGGAGCUGUAACUCUGGUUCACGAGAGCGCCAGGUGAUCUGCUCAGACCAGGAUAGGAACCUGUACCCUGUGCGCCAAUGUAACGCCCACCCCAGACCCUCCAGGAUGGAACGCUGCAACACACAGUCCUGUUACAGUCCACAGGUUGUCCCCAGCACUCAGGACCCACGAGGACUUAACAGAACUCAGACUAGCUUCCAGCCAUACAUGCCAGACCAUGCAACAGCUCGCAGGCCAGACACAAGAGAUCCCACCCAGACCAACACAGUCCACGACCCUCACAGCUCUGCCCCGGCUCUCCACUGCAGCCAGUCUUAUUACGGCUGCUGCCCAGAUGGACGCACUUCAGCCAGGGGCCAUCAGGGUCUAGGCUGCCCGCAGUCUCCAGCACCCACUCCUGCCCCCCCUUCCUGCAUUCAGACAAGUUAUGGCUGCUGCCAUGACGGUGUGACGGCUGCUCUGGGCCCCAACAGAGAGGGCUGUGUGGAGUCUGUGGUCCCUGAACCUACUUCUCCUCAGUUUUCUCUUCCGACUGAGAAUGCUGUGCAGUGCCGGCUCACAAAGUACGGCUGCUGCUUCGACCGGACCACACCUGCAGGUGGACCUAAUGGAGAGGGCUGCCCCAACCCACCCAACUACAUUGAGCGAUCAAUCUGCUCCCUGCCUCGCGCUGCAGGCUCCUGCGGCAGCUGGGUAGCCCGGUACCACUUCGAUGUCAUCACCUCCAAGUGUGCGCACUUCUGGUACGGGGGUUGCCACGGCAACAACAACAACUUCAUGACCCGAGCAGACUGCCAGAGGGCAUGUCAGGUGCCUGCUCCCAGCCAGCAACGCCCACUGCAGGUCGCUCCCACAGGAGAGUCGACAUUGAGGUCAACGUCUGGAGGAGGAUCUGCCUCCGGAGGGUCGCGCAACAUGGGAAGGAUUUUCACAGUUCAGGGGGGCUCGCACAGCGACACAGCCAGACAGGCCACAAGCGCAGCCACAAAUGCCCACAGAGCUAGAGUGUAUCUGCGGGCACGCCUUCCUUCAUCAGCUGCCGCUCAGCACACCGGGCCGGCUGCGAGCCUGACCCUGGGAGGCGUAACCAUCGAUAAGAACGACCCUGACACGGUGGAGGCCUUGGUUAGCCAGACAGUUGUGCUGCCCUGCAGAGUCAGUCCUCCUCCAUCAUCCACCAUCAUCGUCGAGUGGAGAAGAGAUGGCAUCCCUUUGUCUACUCACAGGCAUCACCAGCAGCCCAAUGGUUCCCUGUUAGUUGGUCCUCUCAUUAAGUCAGACUCAGGCUGGUACUUGUGUGUGGCAACUCGAGAGCGGGAGCGAGAUCACCGCUAUAUUUACUUGUCUGUUUCAGAGGGAUCUUCACAGUUUGUUCCUACCUUACUCCCCAAAGACGGACCCUUACCAAGGUUCAGCAUUGAGCGGUCAAGCUCAUCUCUAGUGGAAAUGCGAUCAGGACAAACUGUGAGACUUCCCUGCAUCAUCGUCCCUCCCUCAGCUCUGCAGUCUGUCAGUAUCCAAUGGACCAAAGAUGGACGGACCGUCAGUGAUUCCAGGGUUAUUCAUCACUCAGAUGGCACCCUGAUCAUUGGCCCUCUGAGGUCUGAAGACUCUGGUGUCUACACAUGUACAGCUUCUAAUCAGCAACAGGUGGAGCAGAGACAGCUGCAACUCAGAGUCCAAGUGGACCUGAAGAUCACUACAGCUCCCAACAACGUCCAGGUGUUUGAAGGCAGUACAGCUCAGCUGCCCUGUGUGGUGUCAGGAGACAAUGUCAAUAUAGGCUGGUCCAGAAAUGGCGUACCAGUGCGACCAGAUGGGCGCAACAUCCUUGUGUCCUCUGAUGGCAGCCUAAUCCUAAAUAAUGUGAAGACCUCUGAUGAGGGAACCUACACCUGUAACGCCUACACGGGCAUCUAUUCUGUGAGCGCCACGGCUGAAGUGAGGGUCAUUAAAGACACACAACCAGGUGGUGAUCUUCUGCCAGAAUGUGUGGACCAGCCUGAGCUUGCCAACUGCAAGCUCAUAGUUUACGCCCGGCUUUGCUCCAACCAGUAUUAUUCCAGCUUCUGCUGCGCCAGCUGUGCCACACAUUCAGAGAACAACAGGUUCGGGUGGCUCGGCUGAGGCCUCGCAGGGUGCACCACUGUGGAGCUUUUUCAGAGGACUUCACUCUAAAUCCCUGAACUUCCAACUCUGACUUACUGCAUUUGCCAAAAGAAAUCAAAACACUGACCUGGUCGUAGAGCAACAUCAUUCAGUAAUGUUAUUUUCUUUUUAAAAAAGGGACUGAUUAUCAUAGAUGUAGAUAAUCUGUCAGUUCUUUUGUUCAGGGAGUCUGCUGCAUUAUACACUGAGCUCUACUGAAUGUGAAAAGAUGAUGAAAAUAAGUUAUUUACUCACUGGACCUAUGUGUUCUCUGUUUUUGAGAGAAUCGUGAAAACGAUGAAACUUGUUUUGACCAUUGUUUGUGUUUUUUAAUUCAGUGUCACUUUCUGUUGGUACUGCAUCUUAACAGAACACUUCAAAUUGUUUAUUUUUAUGUAAUUAUUUGAUAAUAAAAGUAAUAUUUUG